AUGGGGGAGUUCAAUACAGGGGAAUCCGCAGGCGACCAUGGGGAAAGUUCGCAGCCGAGGUUCGUGAUCCGACGAGGAAUAAGGACACGGCUAUGGCUCGGAACUUUCAAGACGGUUGAAGAGGCUGCUAGGGCUUAUGACAGGGCUGCUUUUGCUUUCCGGGGUCACUCGGCUAUUCUCAACUUCCCAAACGAGUUCCAAUGUCAGAAUCCAAGCUUUCCAGCCUCUUCAUCUUGUACUUCAGUUGGAAGAGUAAAUCCCCAAAGAGGAGGAGCAAGUGAAGUAAUUGAAUUGGAGUACUUGGAUCUGUAUGUAUAUUUUGUUUGGAUUAGUGAUUAG